AACAGCUAGUUAAGUUAGUUUUACACAGCUGUCAAGUCAAUCCUCCUGUUUAUGUAAUUUUAAAUAAGGAAUUCAAAAUUGCAAUACAAUAGUUAUUGAAUCACGAUCGAAUCUUUUACAAUACAAUAAUAGAACAAUAGGAUGGGCACGGUACACGCAAAGGCGGAGGCGGGAGACAGCGUGGAAGUGGGCGGCAUGUUUGGCCUCGACGACAGCGCGGCCAUUGACGACGACCCACUGCCCAAGCAGAGCAUCAAGCUCAAUGGCGUACGGGCUCGCGUGGACCGUGUGCACGUGGAAGGUCUGUCGCGCACGAAGGAUGACAUCAUACGGAACACUAUUGACGACCUCUUCCACGCUACUGACUUUGAAGACGUUAUCCUGCGCGCGCACAGGGUCCGCCGCGCGCUCGACUCUAUGGGGUGCUUCCGUGACAUCGGCGUGUACAUCGACGUGUCCUCCGGGCCUGGUUCCACGCCCGAGGGGCUCGAGGUGACUUUCCAAGUGAAGGAGCUGUCGCGCAUCGUGGGCGGCGUCAACACCACCGUCAGCGAGAACGAAGGAAACCUGGUGCUCGGUGUGAAGCUGCCCAACGUGCUGGGUCGCGGCGAGCGCGUCGCGGCCGAGUACAGCAUGGGGCACCGCGCCUCCUCCAACUUCAGCAUCACAGCCAACAAGCCGUACCCGCACCGGCCGCUGAACUCCGUGAUCACAGGGUCGGUCUACCAGCAGAACCACGAGUACCCGUGGUCGGGGUACCGGCUGCUGGACCGGGGGCUGCUGCUCGACUUGGCCUUCCACACCUCGCCCGCCACCAAACACAACCUGCAGUGGGAGGGCGUGGUGCGGGAGACCUCUGUGCUCAACAAGACCACCAGCUUCAGAGUCCGAGAGAGCAGCGGUCCACAGAUGAAGUCGAUCCUCCGCCACAUAGUGACGGUGGAGCACCGCGACUCGUCCAUCUUCCCGACGCGCGGCACGUGGCUGCAGUUCAGCUCGGAGGUGUGCGGCCUGGGCGGGGGGGUCGCCAACCUGCGCACCGAGCUGCAGGCGCAGGGGAACGUGGAGCCGCUGCCGGGGCUGGUGCUGCAAGUAUCGGCGGCGAUGGGCGUCCUCCACGACAUGUUCGGCACAGACAUCCCCGACCACUACUUCCUGGGCGGCCCGACCACGCUGCGCGGCUUCCAGCAGCGGGGAGUCGGCCCCCAUAGUGACGGACAAGCCACCGGCGGGAAGAUGUACUGGGCGGGCGGGCUGCACGUGUACACGCCGCUGCCGUUCCACCCGGGCCGCGGCGGGCUCGGGGAGCUGUUCCGCACGCACGCCUUCCUGCUGGCGGGCUGCCUGGCGCCCCCCGAGGAGGCCGCGUCCCCCCUGGAGGCGCUGUCGGCGGUGCGGCUGUCGUGCGGCGCGGGCGUGGCGCUGCGCCUGGGCCGCGUGGCGCGCCUGGAGCUGAACUACGCCGUGCCGCUGCGCGCGCGCGCCGGGGACGUGCCCGCGCCCGGCCUGCAGUUUGGCGUCGGCGCACACUUCCUGUAGGCGGGCGGCGCAGUCGCCGCUACAUGACAAGCACGCACGCGCGGGACACCACUACUGACUGUGAAAUUAUAUUUUAUCAAUACUAGACGUAUAAAUUAUACAGUUACUGCCAACAUUAAGGCUGCGCUUCCAUUGACGCGGAGCUGUGCGGAUAUGAGCAGGAAUCGACCAAUCACCGUUGACAGAGCGUCUUCGUUUUUCGCUCUCUCGCACGCUGUGAUUGGUCAAAUCCGCCCAUCUCCGCGUCAGUGGAAACCCGACCUAAGACACGUUUAUAUAAGGCGCGUGCACACUGCGACCGACCUGACCUUCUAGUCAAAACUUUUCACUCAUACAUAUUUAAACUCGUCAAUUUCCCGCCGGUGUAAGCAAAUCUAUGGAAUUCCACUUGCUUCCUGACACAUUUCUCUUGCUUCCUCCACAUUCAUUUUACGGGUAUUUAAGACUAAAGUGAAACCCAGACGGGGUGAGGUCGGCGCUUCAUACGAAUUUGGUGCGGGGGGGAAGUUACCGUUCUGUACGUAGUAUUAUUCUUUAUUUUAUGGUAAUAGGUCGCUCGCGUGUUGCACAACGCCAAAGGAUCAAAAUUAUAAGUGUCGUCGACAAUUUUGGGGUGGAAAUUACAAAUGUAAAGUAUCAAGAAUACGCGGUCCCCACAACAUAACAAUAUGAAUGCAAAUUCUACGUUUAACAUCGUUAAUGUUAUGUAUUUAACAACUUUAGUUGUAUUUUAGUUGUUGGAGUAAAAUAUAUAAAGCAGAUGUUUAGUUUUA